AUGGCUUCUGGACGAGGUGGAGCUGUAGCACGAGGUCCAGGUGGCGCUGGUAGCAGCGUACCAGGAUCUCCACCACGUCCUAUGGAGGGGCGGGUAGGGGAUGGCCCUGGAGGAGCCGGCGCAUGCUUUGUGGGAGGGUUGCUUUCCUUGGCGACGCCGACAUCACGUCACACUUUCCGCUACGACGGCCCUCGACCCCCUGCUAAGGGGAAGACACAGCCGGAGAGUGGCAGUGGGGAGGAGGAUGAGGAGGAGGAGGAGGAGGAGGGUGAUGGCGAUGACGAUGAGGACGAUGAGGGGAGUGGGGAUGACAGUGAGGCAGGGUGGGACCCAGAGACGGAUGGCGGUGGGGAGGGGGGAGAGGAUGAUGAAGACCACGAGAUGGAUGGGUUGGAGCCAGAGGGGCGGGAAGAGGAGGUGGGAGAGGGUGGUGGAGAGGCGGCAACGGAGGCGGGCUCACACCAUGUGCGUGAAGGGGGUGGGAGCGUGGGGGUUGCUAUGGGGAAAAAGGCCGCGACCAUUAGGCCGCCAAGGCGGGGGAAGAGGGUGAACAAGUUGAGGGAGCGGGCGUACCCCGCUACGUUCACAGGGGAGCCGUUGGGUGAGGGCGUGAUCGCACCGGAGUUCCUAGACGAGGAUGGAGAGUCAGAAAGUAGCAAGGGGACGGGUAGCAGGAAACCGGGGUGGCAGGUUAUGAUGUUCGGACCGAAGGAUGCAGACGAGAAGCGUCAGUGCAAGAUUUGCACUGACAAGAUCUCGUGGAAGCAGUCCACAACCACUCCCGGCGAGCGGCACUUCGCGAGCCACCAUACAGCGCAUAUGCUUGUGUGGCAUCACCGUUACCACACCCCGUCCAUUCAGUUGCCAGGCGAGACGUUUCCACGCGGGGGUUACAAAGGUGUUCCAGAUGGCUACGUCGAAGCUUACCCGCAUGCCAAAACGUGGCCUCAUCUCGCGACCAAGACACCGCAGGCAGCAGGUGGAGAUAAGAAGGGGGGCGGGAUUGAGCGGUUUAUGACAACGAAGCUGUCACAGGGGGAGCUCCGACGGGCGAUCGCCAAGCUAGUGGUCACCUGCGACCUCCCCUUCCGCAUCGUGGAGGCCGAGGCUUUUCGGGAGCUUCUGAUCCUGCUAAAUCGCAACUGCGCGCAGAAGAACUUCAUCCCCUCCCGUUGGACGGUCUCCCGCGACACCGUUGUCUUUGCGGCGGCCGCUCUCCAGUCCGCCAUCGCGGAGAUGCUGGCGAAGGAGGGGGAGCUGGGGUGCAAGGUGUCGAUUACCAUAGACAUAUGGACGGCACCCAACAACAGAGCAUGGCUGGUGGUGACCGGCCACUGGAUAGACGAGGCCUUCCAGCUGCGCACGAUGGUGCUCGAGUUCCGUGAGAUGCUCGGGCGGCAUGGAGGCAAGGAGAUUGCGAAGGUGGUUGAGGAGACAGUGGUGCAGUGGAAGUUGGAGGGGCGUUGUCUUGGGUUGACGUCAGACAACGCCUCCAGCAACAUUGCUGCCUUCAGGCGGCUGUCGGAGGAGGGUGGUGGGAGGUGCUUCUUCACCGAGCGCAUGCACUUCCGCUGCCUGGCACAUGUGAUCAACCUUGCCGUGAAGGCAGCUCUCGCAGUGGCCGCCAUCCGCAAGCUGCUGAAGAUCCUGAGGGAGAUGGCGUCGUGGGUGGGCUUCUCGCCGCAGCGCUCAGGGAAGUUCCUGGGCCUGCAACGGACCUUGAACGCGCAGGCCAACCCCGCCAAACCGAAGCCGGCACUGAAGCUGGUGCAGGACUCUCCCACGCGCUGGGGCUCGACACACGACAUGGUCGAGCGAGCCGGGGUUCUGCAGGAACCUAUCAACGGCUUGUCGGCGACUGACAAGAAGAAGGUUGAGAGCUUGCGCCUGACAGACGCAGAUUGGGACACUCUGCAUGCUGUCAAGGCACUCCUCAGUCCAUUCGCCAGAGUCUCGAAGGCAGCGGAGGGGGCGGCGUACCCUACAGUGUCGAUGGUGUUGCCGUACUACAACGGCCUGAUCGACGCUUUGGAGGCGCGCCUUGCGAAGGGGCCAUCGGCUGCGCUGAAGCCGAUGAUCGAGGCGGCGCUGGGGGUCCUGAAGAAGUACGCGUACAUGUCCUCCAACGAGCUGUGGAUCGCCACCUUCUUGGAUCCGUCCAUGAAGGCGGCGUGGUUUGAUGACGAGCACUGGGAGUCGCAGCAUCCCGAGACCGAGCCGAGGGUGAGGCCGCGUCCCACUUCUAGCGAGGUGGUCCAGCUGGUACGCGAUCGCGUGGCCGAGUACCAGACCCGGGCUGCAGCGCUUGCCCCCCGGGCGCCCCCACUUGCCACCGUGACGGAGGAGGAGGAGGGUGACGCAGCGGAUGACGACGAGGAUGCGCAGUACAUCCCUAGUCACCGUCGCCUUGCAGCGCGUCUCUCAGCGAGCCAGCAGGCGGGGAGGGGUGGGAUGCUACAGGAUGACGAGGUUAGCAGGUACCUGUCGGAGCGGGUGCGGGAGGACGUGACGGCUCUGGAGUACUGGCGCACCGCCACCAACAUGCAGACGCUCAGGCGCAUGGCCCGAGACUAUCUCGCGAUCCCUGCCACGUCCGCAUCGAGCGAGCGGGUGUUCUCCCUUGGCCGCAACGUCAUUUCCUGGAAGCGGCACCGCCUGGCCUCCCAGAGAACACGAGCUAUCAUGGUUCUCCGAUCCUGGUACACCUCACACCCCGGCCAGAGGAUAGGCGAGGGCCGCCGACAGAGGGGCGUCGCACCGCCAGAGAUUGCCAUUGAGGGCGAGGGGGCGGAGGACGAUGACGAGGAGGAGGAGGAGGAGGAGGAGGAGGAGGAGGAGGAGGAGGAGGAGGAGGAGGAGGAGGGGGAGGGUGAGGGGGAUGCUGAUGACACAGCGACUGGGGUGGAGCCUGCUGUUGGUAGUAGCAGUGGCGCGGCGUUAGCUGACGACGGCCGGCUGGCACGCAAGCUGCUGGCAUGUGUGGAAGCCUUCCUUGCAGCGUGCGGGGAGGGCCUUGCUGCUGCGGGGGAAUUGACGGUGCUGCUGGGUGCACUCAGGGGCUUUGUGGUGCGCACGUGGCACUGCACACGGGAUGAGAAUGUCAUGGUGAGCACAAAUAGUAGUGCACUGGCAAAGCUGCUGGCCUUGCUUCACGUCUUUGUGGUGCGCACGUGGCACUGCACACGGGAUGAGAAUGUCAUGGUGAGCACAAAUAGUAGUGCACUGGCAAAGCUGCUGGCCUUGCUUCACGUCUUUGUGGUGCGCACGUGGCACUGCACACGGGAUGAGAAUGUCAUGGAGGGGCUUGUUCUCUCUGCGCGCAUGCUCGUGCGCAUCACAGCAGGAGAGGAGCCGCGCAAUGGUGAUGGUGGAGGCGGGGAGGCACCACUGACAGCUGCAGGGGGCGGCGAGGGCAGCAGCGAGGGGCAGAGGGAUGUGCACGCCCUGGUGCAGAGGGAGGUGCAGAGCGAGGUGCUGUCGCUGGUGGUGAAGGAACUUUCUCGCUCCUCUGCUGCUGCUGGGGGGACUUUUGGUGCCACCGCCUCUGCCAGCUUGCUGCCCGGUCUGGACGUGCGGGCAGUGACAGCAGCCGCCAGGUCAUCGCUGCACUCGGCAUCCUCUGUGGCGCAAUCCCAUUGGCCCAUCAUGGACCUCGCCGCCUCGCUCCUCUCCAUGCACCUGCAGCACCUACCACCACCAUCGCCACAGUCACCGCCACCAGCAGCAGCACAUGCUGCGGAGGAGGAAGAAGACGGCCGUCCCGCCAAGAGACAGAGGAGAGGCGCAGAUGCAGUGGGCAUGGGACAAGGCAGCGGCGUGGGAUCAAGGGCGCUGAUGGGGGCGCUGGCGGCAGGUGUAUGUGCAGAGGGGGGUGCACGUGAGGGCAGUGGUGGUGGCGCAGGUGGCUCGUUUGUAUGGGCAGUACUGGAGGAGCAUAUCGCACUUGGCACUGCCCCUUGGCUCUGUGCUGCUCAGGUGGGGCUCUGUGCUGCUCAGGUGGGGCUCUGUGCUGCUCAGGUGGGGCUCUGUGCUGCUCAGGUGAGGCUCUGUGCUGCUCAGGUGGGGCUCUGUGCUGCUCAGGUGGGGCUCUGUGCUGCUCAGGUGGGUCUCUGUGCUGCUCAGGUGGGGCUCUGUGCUGCUCAGGUGAGGCUCUGUGCUGCUCAGGUGGGGCUCUGUGCUGCUCAGGUGAGGCUCUGUGCUGCUCAGGUGAGGCUCUGUGCUGCUCAGGUGGGGCUCUGUGCUGCUCAGGUGGGGCUCUGUGCUGCUCAGGUGGGGCUCUGUGCUGCUCAGGUGGGGCUCUGUGCUGCUCAGGUGGGGUUCUGUGCUGCUCAGGUGAGGCUCUGUGCUGCUCAGGUGGGGCUCUGUCCUGUUCAGCAGCACAGGGACAAGCAGACACCACCUUCCCUCGCCUCCUCCCCCUAUCCAUCGUCUUCAACCGCCCUCACGCUCUCGCGCUCGCUGCUGGACUCCACUCGUGUUCUUCCGCUCUCCCAAGCAGCCCUUUCUGCGCUCACCUUGCUCACCUGCCCACCAACCAGUGCAGCGAGACAUGGCGGUGGUGGGGCAGAUGUGGUGGGAGGAGGGUCAGGAGGAGGGGAAAGGGAGUGGCUGGAGGGUAGGGGAUCAGCUGGCAGCACUGGGGAGGGCAGUGGUGGUGGUGGGGAUGGGAGUGGAGGCGUUGGUGGUGACGGUGGUGGUGGCGGUGGCGGUGGUGUUGGUGGUGGUGAUACGAGAGCGAGCACACUGUGGGUGGCAGUGGUGGGGCUGCACUUCUGUCGCCUGCUCUCCCGCUGUUCCUUCACCAGAACCCUUUCUCCGGACCUCCUCCCCGGCGGUCUUCUUGAGAAGCAGAGUCUCCAUUCAGCCGUGACCGCCCUGACACCACCCGUCACUCCCACCGCCUCUCUGGACCUCCCCUCGAUCGCACUCAUCCACGACCUUCUCUCCGUCCUCCCUCGCUCGCCCGCUGCGCUCCCUCUCCUCUCCGCCAUGCUCCGCCUUGCCACCACCUGCUAUACCACCGUCGCUGAAGCAGCAGCUACAGCAGCCGCAGCAGGAGGGGGUGGUGAAGCAGCUGGGUCAGUGCUCUCCCUGCCUACAGCCUCUGCUCUCACCUUCGCUGCGAGGAGUCACCUGGACGACGAUUUUGACGACGACUGGGAGUUUCAGCAGCCGUCUGCUUCCACGGGUGGGCUGCACGGUGGGCAAUGUGGGCCACAAUCUGCUGGCGAGAGGGGUGGGAGAGGCGGGGCGAGAGGGAGACUGGGAGGCAUGAUGGGGUCGAGAUCAAGGGCAAUCGUCCCAAGCUUUCAAUCCCAGCUGCUGCAGCAGCAGCAGGUGAUUGAGAUAGAGGAGGAGGGUGGAGAGGGGGAGGAGUCUCGGAUCUUUGACAAUGACUUGGAUGCACCUGGAGUGCUGCCCUCCCAGGCUCCCCUGGUGCGCAGCAGACACACGCAGAGUGCGCGGCGGGACGGUGCUGGGGGCAUUGGUGCUGCUGCUGGUGGUGCUGGUGGUGCUUCUGUUGCGGUGGCGACUGGUUUGAGCAGUGGUGGCAGUGCAGCGGCAGCGGAGGUUGCAGAGGGGGCGGUGUGGGUGGUGGGGUGUGUGGCAGAGUUCCUCCCAGCAGCAGCAUGCAGAGAGGUGGCAUCGCUGCUGGAGCUCAAUGAAGGUUCUGAGUGCUACUGGCAGCUGCUUUCUGUGCUUGCAUCGCACGCCGAAUUACUGAUCGCACUUGAUCCUUUGCUAGUAGCUGUGGUGUCCCAUGCAUCCACAGCAGUGCACGCCCACCAGCAGCACCUCCUUCUCCUCACAGCCAUAACGUCCCGCCGCCUUGCUGCGCACAGGGACGGCGCCCUUCCGCCCCCCCUGCUCCCAGAUGAGGGCGUGGGGGGUCUGGGGGGAGUGGAGGAGGGGGUGGAGGGUGUUGGGAGCGUGGUGGUGUGGGCAGAGGCGGGGGGUGGUGGAGCUGACAGUGCAACUGCCAGCGACACAGAUGUGAAUCAGGUGGGUGAGUGGGAUAAGGGCAUGGGGGGCGCAUGGCUGAAACCUGUGUUGCGUGUGCUUCCCUCUCCUCUCCUCUAUUCCCAUCCACAGGCGCAGCAGGUGGUGCAGGAGGCACUGCUCCCCCUGUUGACCAGCAAGCUGCCCACCCCAGCAGCGCGCAUUCACCUCGCGGAUGCCCUCCUCGCACUCGUACUCCUCAACCCCUCUGACCUCUUUAAGCCACUCUUUGCGCUGCUGCACGACCGGGACUACGGGGUGCGGCUGCACAUGGCCCGCCUGCUGCCCGCGCUCUUCCUCAAGUGGGAGGACCAUCCCACCAUGCUCACCGACACUCUGUCAGUCCAUCUGCGCUGGGGGUACCUCCCUGCGUGCAAUGUAGCACUUUGGCUUGGCUCCUGCCUGCCUACUCCCCCCAUAAACCUGCUGCCCGCGCUCUUCCUCAAAUGGGAGGGGCCACCCCACCCCACCAUGCUCGUUGACACUCUGUGA